CUGGUGCCUAACGAAAUGAUUCCAUACGAUAUGGAUCUACCCGUGAAGUUUAUUGUCUACUCCACUGUUGGAUUCCUCGUCUCCGAAGGCUGCCCGGCUCUUUUUGCUCAUCUCAAAAUCUAG